ACCAACAUAACAGAAGGCAAAUACCUUGCCAACAUAACGGAAGGUAAAAAGAAUGCCAGCAUAACAGAAGGCAAAUACCUUGCCAACAUAACGGAAGGUAAAAAGAAUACCAACAUAGCAGAAGGCAAAUACCAUGCCAACAUAACAGAAGGUAAAUACCAUACCAACAUAACAGAAGGCAAAUACUUUGCCAACAUAACAGAAGGCAAAUACCUUGCCAACAUAACAUAA